GCUGACUUGGAAACCGGAAGAGGAAGUCGCCGCCGCCGCCACUGCCGCCGCAAUGCAGAGGGAGGAGAAGCAGCUUGAAGCAUCGUUAGAUGCACUGCUGAGCCAAGUGGCUGAUCUGAAGAACUCACUGGGAGGUUUCAUUUACAAGUUGGAGAACGAGUAUGACCGGCUGACCUGGCCCUCUGUCCUGGACAGCUUUGCCUUGCUCUCUGGACAGUUGAACACUCUGAACAAGGUCUUGAAGCAUGAAAAGACACCACUCUUCCGUAACCAGGUCAUCAUCCCUCUGGUGUUGUCCCCAGACCGAGAUGAAGAUCUCAUGCGGCAGACUGAAGGACGAGUGCCUGUCUUCAGCCAUGAGGUGGUUCCUGACCACCUGAGAACCAAGCCUGACCCUGAGGUUGAAGAGCAAGAGAAGCAACUGACAACAGAUGCUGCCCGCAUCGGUGCUGAUGCAGCUCAGAAGCAGAUCCAGAGCUUGAAUAAAAUGUGCUCAAACCUUCUGGAGAAAAUCAGCAAAGAGGAACGAGAAUCAGAGAGUGGAGGUCUCCGGCCGAACAAGCAGACCUUUAACCCUGCAGACACUAAUGCCUUGGUGGCAGCUGUUGCCUUUGGGAAGGGGCUGUCUAAUUGGAGACCGUCAGGCAGCAGUGGUCCUAGCCAACCAGGUCAGCCAGGAGCUGGGACAGUCCUUGCAGGAGCCUCAGGCUUACAGCAGGUGCAGAUGACAGGAGCUCCAAGCCAGCAGCAGCCAAUGCUCAGUGGGGUGCAAAUGGCCCAAGCAGGUCAACCAGGGAAAAUGCCAAGUGGAAUAAAAACCAACAUCAAGUCGGCUUCAAUGCACCCCUACCAGCGGUGAGUGUGGCCAGCAACCUCCACUCCCAGAAGCUCUUUGCAGAGUUGGGCAGUGAAAUUGCCUUUUGCCCAACCCUGACCUAGAGGGGUACAAUAAAAAGAACAUGGGCUUUCAGCAGCAGACCUGUCCCAGCUCCAUCGCUGCCUAGCUGUGUGACCUUGGGCAAGUGACCUAAUUUUUCUGAGCCUGUUUUCUUGUUUAUAAAUGGUGAUAAUACCUACCUCAUAGGGUUGUUGUGAGGAUUAAAAUGAGAAAAUGAAUGUAAAACACUUAGCACAGUAUAUGAAAUAAUGGGUAUUCAAUAAAUGAUAGUUUUUACAGCCA